AUGAACGCUUCACUUGACUCACCUGCCGCGUCUCGAAUCUCAUCAUAUCGCCAUAGUCCUUUGGAUCAAGAGAAGAAAAGCAUCCGACUCCUGCAAGUCCUACCCGGAGAGUCUGAAGACCCUAUACGAAUAGCUGGGAGUGACGGUGCUUGGCUGUGGGUGGACGCUUUGUGCAUCAACCAAGACAACAUUCUCGAGAGAAAUCAUCAGGUCGGGCAGAUGAAAGACAUAUACCAGGGCGCUGGGCUGGUGAUCACUUGGUUAGGCGCUGCCACCGACGACGAUAGACUGGCGUUCCGCGCGUUGCAAGAAGAUACAAUUGCACCUGGGAGGUGGCCAUGGGACGCAUGGUAUCAGCUCUUUCGCAAGCCCUACUGGAGACGCAUCUGGAUCAUUCAAGAGUUUGUGCUGGGAGAAGAAAACCACUUAUGGUGUGGCAACUUAAGAGCAGACACCGAUGACUUUUGGCGUGCUGGAGAAAACCUCGACGGGAUCCAUAACGUUCGCGAGACACUGGGCUGGAGGUUGCUCAUUUUGAGACGUCUUUGGAGCUCCAACAACCACAGUGAACGCAGAAAGCAAAUGGAUCUACGCAAGCUGUCCACCUCUUUUGCAAUAUCUAAUAGCACCGAUCCGCGUGACUAUGUAUACGGCUUUCUGGGUAUCGCCUACAUUUCAAAUGAGAAGGGGCUUGGUCUCGUACCCGAUUACUCCAAAUCAGCGGCUGAAGUGGCGAUCGAUGUUGUUCGGAUACAUUGCAGAUGGGCACCCGCACUGUUUCCAAUUUCAUCACGCGAAAGGACGGCCCAAACAUUGGCCCAUGAGUUGACCCAAAAGUUGGAAUACGAGAGGUAUCGAAAAGAAUAUGAAUCUGAGGAUAAUGAGAGCAAUGCAGAGAUAAGAGUGGCGAAUUCCCAAGCUGGAGAUUUAAACGCGUCCAGACUCCUAAAGCAACGACAAGCGCUUCGAGAUAUUUUCAGAGGAGAGCGGUUCAAAGGCCACUAUCUAUCUCAACAUACAAUUAGUCGACCAAUCUACCCUCACAAUAAUAUGAACGAUGAAAUUGACCUUCAAGAUGAGCUUGUGCGAGAUCACGACUUCAUUUCCCAUCUCAUGAGGAAGCUCGGGGUUUCACGGUCAACAAUGGCCAGCCUGGUCCUGGAAAAGGCUCCAGAUCUGCGCGCACAUAUGCACAUCAUCGUGGCAAAAGAUUGGAGGGAGCUACAUCUAUGUAGGGAAGGGGGUCACGGUGCCACAACAGAUAUGCUCAUAGGAAUUUUUGGAUUUGAAGCAUGCGUUGAAAUGGAGCUCGUGUCUGGUAGAGCGGAACCCGGAGAUGAGCAAAGACGCUCAGACUUUGAGUCUUGGGCAGACCAAUUUAAGCUGGAGCCGCCCACCCGCGACUCGCCGAAGCAUCUCAAGGUCCCCGACGCCGUGCAGAGAAGAAUCCUCAAUCGCGACUUCGUUAUGAACCAGAUAAUGCAGAAGCAGUAA